AUGGGUGCCACCUCAGCCUGUGGGGAAGUGGCCUCAGUCCAGCAGCCAGCUACACGCCCGCCAGGGCAGCAGCACAGCGAGCAUCAGCAAGAGCCUGUAGCCCAGCCGACCGCCUUGCAGCAGCAACAACAGCGGCACUAUGGCCAGGACCAGGAGCAGCCGGUGUGGCACGGCCUCGUCGCUGGCGCGGCGUCUGGCCUGGCAGCUCGCGUCGUGACAUACCCUGCGGACACCGUCAAGGCGCGCCUGCAGGUGCAGGGCGCCGCUGCGCUGCGCGCGACGCAGCAGGGGCGCGUCGGCGCGCGGCCGUACUCGGGCACCCUGGACGCGGCGCGCACCAUGCUGCUCAAUGAGGGCCCACCCAGCUUGUACCGCGGCUUUGCCGCGGUCAUGGUCGGCGUGCUGCCGGCCAAUGCGGUGUACUUUGGAAGCUACGAGCUCAGCCGGCGCCUCGUGCCGCGCGGAUGGGGCGUCGGCGCAGACGUGGCCACCGGCGCCAUUGCGCAGCUGGCCGCGGGCCUGGUAUACACGCCCAUCGACAUCAUCAAGGAGCGGCUGCAGGUGCAGGCGCUGAUGGGCGGCGCGUACAAAUUCCGUGGGCCGUUGGAGGCGCUGCGCAGCCUGCUGGCAGAAGGAGGCAGCGGCGGCAACGAGGGAACAGCUGGUUACGAGCAGGCGCGUGGCACGGCGGCACGCUCGCAGGGGCUGCAGCGGCCAGAGCAGCUGCCGGCAUGGGCGACGGCGUCGUGCUCGGCGGGCGCUGCUGCGGUUGCCGCGGUUGUGACGCACCCAGCGGACGUGGUCAAGACGCGGCUGCAGGUCAUGACUGCAACGGCGGAGGGCCGCGGCCUCACGGCGGUGCUCGUGGCGCGGCAGAUGCUUGCCGCCGAGGGGCCACGCAGCUUUUGGAGCGGCCUCGGUGCGCGGCUGCUCAACAUAGCGCCGGGAUGCGCGUUGUCCUGGGCGCUGUACGAGCAGAUCAAAGCGCGGCUUGCGCUGUCGGACGGCGGGUAA